AGUCUCUAAAAUAUGUCGUAUUUACGCAAAGCUAUUUUGAAAUAAUUAAAUCCCAAUGAAAGUUUAUGUACAUUUCGUUUAACGAAACGAUGCGAGUAAGAAAUCUGAAGCCAUUUUCGUAGUUGCAACGAUGAUUGAACAUUGUUACGGGUAAAAUAUAGGAGUUUCGUGGAAGAAGGAAUGUAAGAACGAUUAGAAGAUGACAUCGUUUCGUGUACGUAACACACGUUUCAAUCACACCGUGGGGGGUUGCGCGUCAAGGGAUGAACCGUUCUGGUGUUCUCCAUUUAGAGCAAUUUAACCGAUGCCGUGGACCCAAUAAAGACGGAUCUAUUUCGAUGAAACAGACUCGCGUGGUACAUAUUUUUCUCCCUUCUGCUUAUUCAGUGCCGUGCGACCCGUUGUGAUGAGUGCCCUCUUCCUGUGCCGGCCGUCUCUUUCGCUCUCCGACGCGUCUCCCUUUCCUCCGUCAGCGUUCACCCUCCGUCUCCUCGCGAGCUCUAAUCAGCUUCCUGGAUGGGGCACAUUAUCUACGUGAUGGCAGAUCGUAACGACGCGAUACCUAGCCAAGUCCCGGGGAUUCGAUCAUACGGUAGUAGUCGCUCGGCAGUGGUCCAUUGCGCGUAAAAGACCUGCCAAGAUCCACGGAUUACGGAUGUCACUUAGCUCGUUAUACGAUUCUAUCGUAUCAGUUCAGUGAUCCUGAAACGGUGCAUCGGUUACUCGGCGAUUCAGUUUAAGAUCUUCCUCGAGUUAGAGUUUGAUGAUCAAUGAUAAUUUAUACGGCGAUGAUACGUGGAGAAGCAGAUAUAAGGAUGAGAGUCGCGGGAUGAUAGAGGACAAGUCUUCCACGAUCUUCCUCGUGCCCAGAGGAAGGCUGAACGCGUAUUCUUAAGGCGACGUGUUGUACCAGAUCAAUCAACGAUGACGCUGGGUCAACGUAUAUCUGGGGCCGUCGCGGUCCUCAGGGGCACCUCGGAGGUUAAAGAAGCUGCCACAUCAUCCUCCGACGAGAUCGAGAAGAUAACUACCGUGGUCGAGGAGAAAGUUCGUCAGCAGACGUCGCCACUUGACAGACUGCAGGCAGUGGUAGAUUGGAUGAGGGAGAAUAUGCUCCUGAUCCUGACGAUUGCCGGAGUGCUGUUGGGUCUGAUUCUUGGAUUCCUCGGUCGGUUAUUCAAUCCUUCGCCACAGGCCAUUACUCUCAUCAGUUUUCCCGGAGAACUCCUGAUGCGAUUGUUAAAGAUGUUCAUAUUACCGCUUAUUAUUUCUUCGCUUAUCGCUGGGAUGGCACAAUUGGACGCCAGAAGUUCGGGAAGAAUGGGAUUCAGAGCGUUAACGUAUUACACGGUGACUACCGUCCUAGCAGCCGUGGUCGGUAUCAUGAUGGUGCUAAUGAUCCAUCCAGGUGAUCCCAGGAUCAAGAUCACGAUAAGUGCACCCAAGGCGGACGACGCUAAAGUUUCCACCUUGGAUGCCAUUCUCGACAUAGUUAGAAACAUGGUGCCGGAAAACUUGGUACAGGCGUGCUUCCAGCAGGCUCAGACCGCGUACGUGAAGAAGAAGGUGAUAGUCGUAGGGAGCGCGAACCAAAGCGAUUACGUCCUAGAACCGACGUUGGUCUACAAGGACGGGACGAAUGUGAUGGGCAUGAUAGUGUUCUGUAUCACGUUCGGCCUUCUAGCGGGACAGAUCGGUCCUCGUGGAAGACUGAUGGUCGACUUCUUCGUGGUACUGAACGAAAUAAUCAUGCAACUCGUCGGCAUCAUUGUGAUGUGGUACUCUCCGUUCGGAAUCAUGUGUCUGAUAGCUGGCAAGAUAAUGUCGAUCGCCAAUCUGGCGGCGACCGCACAAAUGUUGGGUCUGUAUAUGCUGACCGUUAUCCUGGGAUUAUUAAUUCACGCUAUAAUCACUCUGCCGGCGAUAUUUUGGUUCUUGACUCGAAAGAAUCCUGCCAUCUUCUUCAAAGGUAUGAUGCAGGCUUGGGUAACAGCCUUGGGAACAGCGUCGAGUGCCGCUACAUUGCCCAUAACUUUCCGUUGCCUCGAAGAAAAUAACAAAAUCGAUCCACGAGUGACUCGGUUCGUGGUAGCCGUAGGAGCUACGGUGAACAUGGACGGGACGGCUCUUUACGAGGCCGUAGCCGCGAUUUUCAUUGCUCAGGUGAAUGGAAUCUCGUUGGGAAUAGGCGAAGUUAUAACAGUCAGCCUUACGGCCACCUUGGCAAGUAUAGGGGCUGCUAGUAUUCCCAGUGCUGCCCUGAUUACAAUGUUGAUCGUGCUUACGGCGUUGGGUUUGCCCACCGAUGAUAUUUCUUUGUUGUUCGCAGUCGAUUGGUUACUGGACCGAAUCAGGACUUCGAUAAACGUGCUAGGAGAUGGAUACGGUGCUGGAAUAGUUUAUCACUUGAGCAAAAACGAACUGGAGAAGAUGGAUCAAGAAAGGAAGCUGGAAGGCCUCGAAAAGGGAACACCUUUGGAGGACAUCUCGGAAAAUUGUCAGUGCGAGAGUGCACCUGUUCCUGAACAAAGUUCCGAAACAAAAAUUUAAUUCUCUUGAUCAUUGACCCUCUUUAAUUACCCACACGACAAUGUAACAGAAAAUUUUGCUUACUCUUGCGCUGACGACGCUUAACGAAAUUUAUCUUUUCACUGCCAGUAUAACUCUUUCCGAUUCGUGAUUUGUAACUACCACAGUAACUCAAAAUUAUAAUAAAAAAUUGAGCAUAUUAAGUACAAAUCAGUGCUAUUGUCGAUCGUCCUUUCGAAAAUGAAGAGAUUGUAAAAAGCUUUAUUUUUAAAUUGGAAUGUUUUACUUGAUGCGAAAUAUGUAUUCGUUUAUUUACGUCCAUAAUUAAAUAAAGGAGGGAUUCAAAUGUUUCAUUAGAACAAUGCUUUAACCAUUUAACAAAUUUAUUCACUGUUUUACAUUAUUUGUCUAAUAUAUAAUUCGUUACAUACAUGUUACAUACACAAGAAAAUAAAUGUAGAUAUAAAUAUAUUUAAUGCAACAAUUUGUGCUUGAAGAAAGGUACAAUAAUGAACACGAUUAAACGGAUGGAACGAUGGAAUAAAUAUAUUUUUGAAAGUGUCCUAUGUACAUACAUAUACAAUAAAUCACAUAGUGCUUUUUCAACAAUGUUAUUACUCUGUUCAGCGACUGGCAAUUGUU